AGACAAGCUCAACAACCGUAUACAUGUGAAACAAAACGAGGAUGUUAAUGGCAGCAGUAAAUUAAUGAGAAAACAAGAAAGAAGAUGAGAGGGAGUGAAAAACCCAGUUGCACAACCUUAAAUGGGUGCCAAUGAAGGCGUUUUUUAAUUAUUCUGUUUCGCCCUUUUAUCAAACAAAUCCUGUAUCUUUCUUUCCUUUUCCGUUCCUUUCAUUGUUUCACUGUCACUCAACCAAUUCAUUUCCUUUUAUUCGCCCCCAAAUCUCUGCUACCCAUUUCUCAUUUUCAGUUCCCGAUGGCAGAUCUCAAGUUCUCUUUCGCUGAAACUUUUCUUUGCAGUGCUUUUGCAGCUUGUUUUGCUGAGUUCUGUACCAUCCCUUUGGACACUGCCAAAGUCAGGCUCCAGCUCCAAAAGAAAGCAGUUGGUGAUGAAGUUAAUUUACCUAAAUAUAAUGGUUUGUUGGGUACUAUGGCUACUAUUGCUAAGGAAGAAGGUUUAUCGGCACUCUGGAAAGGAAUAAUUGCUGGCUUACAUCGCCAAUGCAUUUAUGGAGGUUUAAGGAUUGGGUUAUAUGAACCUGUCAAAACAUUUUUAGUUGGCAGUGAUUAUGUUGGAGAUAUUCCUUUGUACCAAAAAAUUCUUGCAGCGCUAUUGACCGGUGCUCUAGCUAUUGCGGUUGCUAAUCCUACCGACCUUGUCAAAGUUCGGUUGCAAGCUGAAGGAAAAUUUCCAGUUGGGGUCGUUAGGCGUUAUUAUGGGACUUUGGAUGCGUACUACACCAUAGUUAGACAAGAAGGACUAGGGGCACUGUGGACUGGGCUUGGUCCCAACAUUGCACGAAAUGCCAUUGUAAAUGCUGCUGAGCUAGCCAGUUAUGAUCAAGUGAAACAGACAGUUUUGAAAAUUCCAGGGUUCUCAGACAAUGUCCUAACUCAUCUUCUAGCAGGUCUUGGAGCUGGUUUCUUUGCAGUCUGUAUUGGUUCUCCCAUUGAUGUGGUGAAAUCUAGAAUGAUGGGAGACUCUGGCUACAAAAACACUCUUGAUUGUUUUAUUAAGACUUUGAAGAAUGAGUUGAUGCAUCACAGGGAUUCCUUGCCUUUUAUAAGGGGUUUCUUCCAAAUUUCAGUCGGUUGGGAUCUUGGAAUGUGGUUAUGUUUUUGACUCUUGAGCAGGCCAAGAAAGCUUUCCGGGGGGAAUUAUAUUAUGACUGAUUUUAGUUUGCAACUAGGAAGACACAGCUUUUGCUUGCUUGUCACUUCAAUUCUUGAGAAGUAUAUUUUUUGAACGGAGAGUAAGGUAGGCAUUGCAUUGCCAAAUUUUUUUGUAACUUUUCAUUUAUCUUAUAUAAAAUAGUGUCAUUGUAACUAUCAGUGCACGUUUAAGUUACUAGUUAAAUAUCUUUUAGAGGGUAUUAUUACUAUGCCUUUUUGUGGAAGUACAAGCUGUCUGUCUGCCUCCUCCCAACCAAACUGAAAUCGGCAAAUAUCUGCCUCAUUGUAUUUGGAAUCAUGUAAUACCUGCAUUUGUGGGACAUUCAACAAAUAUUGCUUAUUCUUGUAGUAAAACGUGAGGAUUUAAAUUGUA